AUGAAUGCUUUGGAAAAUACUUUGACCAUCUUAGAAUUUUUGGUGCAUUUCAACGUAUCAGGCAAUCCAAUUAAAAAUGUGGACAAAAAAACAUUUGCGAAUAAUUUAAAACUUGAGACUUUGUCAUUGUCCAACUGCAGCUUAACAGAAAUUAAACCGGGCACAUUUUCGUCUUUAUCAAAAUUAACCAGACUGGAUUUAUCCUAUAAUCAAUUAAAAACAUUGGAUUUGAAUACGCUUCCGUUAGAUCUUCGAAACCUGAAAAUCGCCGGCAUCGACAGCAACAAAUUCAACUGCUCAUACCUUGAAAAGCUUUUUGAAUCAAUUACACCGCAACAUUUGGUCGCAAUUUCAAAUCGAAUUGGUCACAAUUGCACUUCGGCUAAUAACGAAGAAAUGAUUCGAAAUGAUUCAAGUGAAACCACAACUGCACGUUCUGAAAAUAACUUUAGUUUUGAUAUCGUCACAGAGAAGGCGGGAAGCGAUGAAAAAACGCAAACAAUGGAAACAGUGGAGGCUGUUGAGCACAAAACGGAGAAGAAACAUCCGAUUUCAAUGGACGCUGAACAAAACUAUCAGAUCAACGACAAGAUGCACAAUAGCAUAAUUUUAGUAAUCUACAGAAGAGAUGGAAUUGAUACGCCUUGA